GCUUAAUGCCAACAAGAUCCUCCUUACGGAGCUCUCAAAUGCCGCUACUCCUCCAACCUGCAGACGUGCUGUGUAACUCUCCUAGUCACGUCGAUGAGACGCUACACUACCUACUAUUACAAGCACCACCAUCGAGGCCUGUUCCUGCUCUACUGAGAGCUUACUCCAUAUUCCUAGCUGUUCUAGGGAUUGCCCUUGGAAUCGGGGCCGUCAUCCUGGAUGCAUCGAUCGUCUUCCCACAUCAUACGCUCAUCCGAAACUCAGCGCUGAUAGCAGCAGCAUUCCUCAUAGCGACUGGGGCGGACGGCAUCCUUGCUCACGGAUCCUUGUACGAGGCAAAACGACUUUAUGUCAUGAUUUUGUUCUCUCAUGUUCUGGUAAUGUCCGAGCUCAUUGCGGGUGCGAUAAUUUUGGGGAAGGACGAGGGUGCCACUUUCACCACUAUCUGCACCGUUGCCGCUCUUGCUGCCCUUUGUGGUAUACUGAGUGUUGGACAGACGGCGAAAGAGUAUGUCAACUCAUGCGACGUCAACUUCUAUGAAGGCGGCUGCAAUAUCUGAGUUUUGUGAGUGCCUUGUUUGUCUAGUCUCCAAACGAGCAGCUGACUCGUUUAUCGCUCGUAUGCGGACCAUCGAAGUAGCGACAGCAAGCUAUAUAUUUGGAUCACUAUACACUGCUUAUUCACAAUAUUUUUGCCUACUUGCAGCAACAUUCAUAGGUCUUCAGAACAGCUGUGAUGUGAGUGCGGGUUCGGAGUGCUAUAUCCCUCGUAACACCACUGCAGUUUCGUAGAUAGUAUUGUAUAGAUGCCAGCCACAAGCGACACGUAUC